CGCUAUAACUUAACCGCAACCACUAAACAUACUCAAAUUUUCGUUGUGUGGUGGAAAGAAUAGAGGAUAAGAGUGAAGAGUGUUGCGAGUAAAGAAGGAAACGAGGAGAAUAUUUAUACGAUUGGGGUGGAUAGGGGAUCACACCAUAAAAGGAGCGACCAAUUUAGGUUGGUGGAUCUGGAAUGUGAUCAUCAGGUGUCCUCUUCCUCUUCAGAGAUCCACGUCAUGAGGGGGCGAACCAAUCAGAAAGCUACGCUACAAAUCCUCUCUAAGCCGAGUGAUUAACCGCCACACCUCCUUUAUCACACAAGAGUGGAGCGAUCCAUGUCAUUUCGUCUGCACGAAUCACGUGCUUCUACAGCGAACAAUCCUCAUCACUGCGAAGUGCAACGUUUUGCAAUUAAAUGUUGAGAUUUGAUCGAUGAAGUUGUUGAUCGCUUCUGUUUUCUGUAAUCCACUUUGAUCAUCAUUUGUUUCAGUGAUCAUUUACAAAAUUGCUAAAAACCCAACAGUUAAUUCCAGCUCAUUUAGUGGCUUCUUAUGCCCUUUCAUCGACAACUCGAUAUAGUGUCGACUGUCGCGUUUGGCUGUUUAGCGUCCUGUAAUAUCUAUUACCUUCCCGAUCUAUGAAAAAAAAAAAUUCCAGCUCAUUUAAUAGUUUGAUAAGCCCAUUCCCAUGGCUUUGGCCCACUAUCAGACUGGACGGCCUGCCAUGCCUACUGAUCCAAAAUGCCGCCGUCGGUCUGAGCACUGUUAAACGGAAUACGGCAUUGAGCCGCAUAUUCCUCUCUUUCUUCUCCUCUUCCUGAGACAGGGUUUUUGAUCAGAUUGUUUGCCUUCUCCUUCCAUUUCAUCGCCAAGGGUUUUAGUAAGCCCUUCUUCUCCCCGUCGUUCUUCUCAUUCCUCUCCAAAUUCCAAUCCCUCCGUCUGAAUCUCACACUCCAAACGCCAUGGCUUCUCUCUCCACUAUCCACGGCGCUCGCCAACCUCUCCAUCUCUCGCUUCCUUCCAACCGUCUAUCUUUCCCUAAACCUAUUUCCUCGCUCUCCUUCCAUACCCCUCCGCCGCCAUCCUCCUCCUCGCCGUUCAAACUCUCCACCGUAAGGGCUUCAUCCUCGGGCGCUCCCCUCCAUCGGAACCCUAGGAUUUCCCCGGGCGAAUCCCUGAACCCUAUCUUCAAAACCGCGUGCAUCACUCUAACAGCCGCCGCCGCACUAUUCCUCUCCCGGCUGCAUACCAAACCGGCGAUUGCCUCCCCGAUCGCUGCGCCUCCCUUGGUGGAGCCUGUGCCCGGAGAGGCCGCCUCGGAACAGAAGGAUAAUGGCGCCUCUCUGGCAGAAGAAGAGAGAGCCCUGGAGGAGCACUUGGCCCAACAUCCAGACGACAUCGACGCUCUAAGGGCUCUGAUGGAGCUCAAGAUCAAGUCCCGGAAGCUUCCCGAAGCAAUUGGGGUAAUCGACCGCCUGAUGCAGCUGGAGCCCGACGACGACGAGUGGCAGCUGCUCAAGGCCCAAAUUUACAGCUACAGUGGCGACUCCGACUCUUCUACGAAGAUCUUCGAGGAAGUGCUGGAGAAGGACCCGCUUCGGGUGGAGGCUUAUCACGGCCUGGUGAUGGCCUAUUCGGAAGAUGGGCGGUCCAUGAGCGAUGUGAUGAAGCGAAUUGAAGCAGCCAUGAACAGGUGCAAGAAGGAGAAGAAUGCUUCUGAUGCUAGGGACUUCAAGUUGCUGUUGGCUCAAAUUAGAGUGAUGGAAGAGAAGUACGGGGAAGCUCUGAACGUGUAUGAUGAGUUGGUGAAAGAGGAGCCGAGGGACUUCCGGCCAUAUCUGUGCCAAGGGAUCAUAUACACUCUCAUGAGGAAGAGGGAAGAGGCGGAGAAGAAGUUUGAGCAAUUCAAGAAGCUGGUUCCCAAGAAUCAUCCUUACAGAGAGUAUUUCCUUGACAAUAUGUUUGCUACCAAGUUCUUCUCGGAUAAAGUGGACACAGAGAAGGCUUGGUCCAGGAGCUGAGAGAAUUGGAGGUGAAAGAGGUUGGUAGCGUAUGUGUAGGAAAGUUAUGGAAUUUCUGAAAUGUUGUUUCUUUAUUGCAGGGUUCGGAAAAACAAAUUUUGGUUUGAUUUCCUCGUGUUAUUGGGUAGCAGGUAAUUGAAAUUUUGCUGAUGACAUGCUAAUUUUUAGUUGGAGAGUUAGUCAUAUGGCCUUAAAUGGUAUGUUGAUUGUUUGGUGUUUGCUAUCCAACUCGGAAUUUAAUGUGGUUACUAGAGUUCUUAGUUCUUGGUUUAGUUCUCUUAGAUUCUAAGCUUAGUGCUUGAUUUGUGGUCGAGGUAGAAUUUGAGAUUUGGAACUCAUCUCUUGGUCAUGUUGGAAUGUUCCUGGACAAUGAUGGAUCAUGAAUGGAUUGGGAAUUGGAGGGAAAGAAGUUGUUGGAUCCUUGAUAGUCUCUUAGGUAAUUGGUGUGCUUGUGGUGCAAGCUGUAGGCAUGUAAUCCUUGUUGUGAUGCACAGAAAAAUCGAAUUUGUUACUAAGGUAAAAAAUUGCCGUGCUUGUGGGGCCAAGAAUGAUAAUCUGUAGGCAUGGAAUUCGUUUCUGUGAUGCUAAUUGCUUGUUCUUGUAGAGCCAAGAUGGAGAAGAUGUAGACAUGUAGUUUUUGGUUUUGACUGCUGAUGAUGGUCAGUACUGGAUUUAACAGUCAGGGUAGUUACUGCAUUGCUUCUUUUUGUUCCGUGUGUGGCUAAGGUCAGCUUAAGAACCCUACAUUUUGAUACCUAUAGGCUAUACAUCCCAACUCACUGUUAAGGAAUUUGGUUGUUCCUUUGGAAUGGAACUUAGAGUAUAGAAGUGUUGUGUGUCCAAAUCUGAUGCUAGAAGUGUAGAGCUGAACUGUUUAAUGCUGAAAGCUUGUGAUUGACUUGGACUUGGACUUGGAUUGCUACCUGAACACUCGCUCGGGUUGUAUCCAUGCUUAGUAGUUCCGUUGCAGUGAAUGGGUGUUUAUUUUAAGUCUUUGGCAUUUCGGAUUUUUGGUUGAAAGGGAGAAGUGAUCUCUCUUAUUGCUCAAUUCUCUCCGUUCGAAGGGUGGAUUAUGGCAUCUGGUUUGAGUUAGCUGGAUCGUUAGUGGAGAGCGGAAAGAGUUGACGAGAACACUUGCAUUCUUAUUCAUGCCUAGGCAACAGAAACGUCGCUGAAGUUGAUUCUCAUCUUAAAGUUUGCUGAUAUCCCUAGUAGAGUAGAGAUGUAGAUGAGAUUCUGCAUAUGCUGGAGCGCAGAGUGUUUUGGUCUAAUGUCGUUGUACUGUGGUGUUUCUGCUCAAAAUAUGCAGCUCCGACUCCGAGUCUCGGAUGGGUCAGCCAGGGGCAGCUAGGCAUGGGCAUUGAACCUCACCGCAUUGGUAUAAAGCGCACCACAAAUUAGUCAUAUACCGCAUCGCACUACAUAUAAGACUAUAAGCUAAUUGAUGCGGUCCAACUAAACCGCAUAAGUUAGCGAUUUAGUUUGGUUUGGAUCACGAAUGCAUGUAUGACCGCAAAGUGCAAUCAUUUCACCAAAAUGAAAUUUAUGACCUUUUUGUUCCCGGGAAACUUAUGUGUAAGUUCAUCUUUUGUCAUGGCUACUGUUGAUUUCCAUUUUUGCAUUUUCAACUAACAAACAAAAUGUCAGACAGAUAUCUAGGAAUGAUAAUUUUGACCCGACUCGUCUUACCGGAUCUGUUUAACCGUUUUGAGGCGGGUCACCUAUUGGGCGGGGCGGGCAUGGGUAGUGGGUUACUGUCCUUCACCUGACCUGCCCCAAUGGGCUUGGUAAGCAUACCGAUUCCAAUGGGCUGGGCUAAUAGAUGGGGCAUUUGAAUGGAAGCUCGCGAUCCAAAAUUUGAUUCCAGCUGCCGCAUUGACCAAUUCUUUGUGGUGUUGUCCCCCUGUGAAAAUGGCGUGGCAUUGUUUCCGUUCCGUAGUAGAAGGAAAGGCCUUUUCUCUGCCUUGGAUUCUCGGUCGGCAUGGCUAGGGUCGGGAUAGGGAUGUAUGAGCCGAGUCGAAUCGAGUUUUGUUUUGUUCAGAUUUGGUUCAUAUAUAAACGAGUCGAAUACGAGCUCGGCUCGUUUAUGAACGAGCUGAGUCGAGCCUGAGUCGAGCCGGCUCAUUUAUUGAAUUUUGGCUCAUCAUUAGGAUCAAAAUUUUUGCUCGAGCUCGACUCCAAGAUAAUUUAUGAAUUAAAUAACCCUAAUAUUUAUAUGUUAUAUAUAUAUAUGAUACAUGCGAUUAACUGAUUUUCAAGUCAUAUACUAGACAUAUUUGCUCACAUACUCAAAUUAUUAAACAUCACAUGAGGCGUGAUAUACAAGUUGAUAAAUAUAUGCAUCAUUAACAAAACCAACUCAUAAGAUAUAGAUCGAUUUUCUCAUAAGUCGUAAUCAAGUUGGCUCGCUAGUUACAAUGUUGAGACAUCUCUCACGAGCUCAAAAUGAGAUAGUUCAUGAGUCGAACUAAACAAGCCACCUAAUCGAACCAGUUCACGAGCCGAACAAGGGUGAGCUCAAGCUCAGCUCGUUAAUAAACGAAUCGAGCUUUUAUUUGCAUCGAACGAGCUGUUCGCGAACAGCUUGGUUCGUUAAAAGCCCUAGCUAGGGAAUAGAAUAAAGAAUUGUAC